GCGGCGCGCGCGCGGCUGGCUGCAGGGAACAGACAUCCACAGCGCGGCCGCACCAACCUGCCGGCUCCGACGACAGCGCCAUGUCCGACGGCGACAACACCACCCUGCUCCUCGCGCCGUCCUCCCUGCAGCCGGACAACUACACGCUGCCGCCCAACGCCAGCAGCCUGAGCCCGGGCCCCGACUUCCCCGUCGCCCCCGCCUCCAGCGCCGCCCCCAGCCCCAGUCCCGGGCUCAGCCUCGCGCCGAGUCCCAGCGUCAGCUUCAGCCCCGGCCCCGCUCCCACCCCGGAGCCCACGGCCGGCGGCUUCCCCGGCCCCGCGGUCAGCGCGGGCGCGUCCCCGUUCCCUCGGCCCUGGGCCCCCCACGAGCCCGCGUUCUGGGACACGCCGCUGAGCCACGGGCUGAACGUGCUGGUGGGCGCCGCCCUGUGCGUCACGAUGCUGGGCCUGGGCUGCACCGUGGACGUGAACCACUUCGGCGCGCACGUCCGGCGGCCGGUGGGCGCGCUGCUGGCCGCGCUCUGCCAGUUCGGCCUCCUGCCGCUGCUGGCCUUCCUGCUGGCGCUCAUCUGCUCGCUGGACGAGGUGGCCGCCGUGGCGGUGCUCCUGUGCGGCUGCUGCCCCGGCGGGAACCUCUCCAACCUCAUGUCCCUGCUGGUGGACGGCGACAUGAACCUCAGCAUCAUCAUGACCAUCUCCUCCACGCUCCUGGCCCUGGCCCUGAUGCCCCUGUGCCUGUGGGUCUACAGCCGGGCUUGGAUCAACACGCCCCUGGUGCAGCUGCUGCCCCUCGGGGCGGUCACCCUGACGCUCUGCAGCACCCUCAUCCCCAUCGGGCUGGGCGUCUUCAUUCGCUACAAAUACAACCGGGUGGCUGACUACAUUGUGAAGGUUUCCCUGUGGUCUCUGCUAGUGACACUGGUGGUCCUUUUCAUAAUGACCGGCACUAUGUUAGGACCUGAGCUGCUGGCGAGUAUUCCUGCAACUGUUUACAUGAUCGCGAUUUUUAUGCCUCUAGCAGGCUAUGCCUCGGGCUACGGCUUAGCCGCGCUCUUCCGUCUCCCACCCAACUGCAAGAGGACCGUCUGCCUGGAGACAGGCAGCCAGAACGUGCAGCUCUGCACCGCCAUUCUCAAGCUGGCCUUCCCACCACGGCUCAUAGGGAGCAUGUACAUGUUCCCCUUGCUCUAUGCCCUUUUCCAGUCUGCAGAAGCAGGGAUUUUUGUGCUAAUAUAUAAAAUGUAUGGAAGUGAAAUACUGCACAAGCAAGAUCCUCUCGAAGAAGACGAAGACACCGAUAUUUCUUAUAAGAAACUGAAAGAAGAGGAGCUGGCAGACACGUCCUACGGCUCAGUGAACGCAGAGAGCUUAAUGAUGGUGGAAACCGCUCAGACUGCUCUCUGAGCGUGGAGACACACAGGGGCAUCUGUCUUGCUGAAGUUUUACUUCGUAUUUAUAGUCUGUGGUAGUGUAUAUGGUUUACCUAAAGGGUAACAAUUGGCUCACAAUACCAUACUUGUAACAGUUUUGAACUUACCGCUGUAAGGCCACCUUGGUAUAUUCAAUUCACUAAGCGUUUUCACCAAUUACAAGUCAGUGUCGUAUUAUAACUUGCACCUGGGACUGCGCACGCACGUGAAGCCUGAACAAGUGAAGUGUGCUCUUUGGUUUCAACCAUUAACCAAUUUCUAUGACUGUUUCAAAGAUGUCAACUCUCAGAAAACGGGGUUUGGGAAAUGCAGAAUUUUGGUGCACUAUCUUAUAGGAGUAAAAACAAGCUAUAUUUGUAAAGCA